AAAAAUGGAAGUAGAGGUCGACGAGAAGGAGCUCAAAGCCGCCGGAGCCGAGUUGUUCUCCGACGGAUGCCACGGCCUUCGAAUCCACGGCUGGGAAAUCGAGACUCGCAACCGCUCCAUUCUCAACUCCUCUACCCACGAACUGUGGGAGAAAAAGCUUGAGACUUGUCACAUGCCGGAGAUGAUAUUUGGGGAGAGUUGUUUGGUUCUGAAGCAUGUGAAGAGUGGCACAACUAUUCACUUCAAUGCUUUUGAUGCUCUGAUUGGGUGGAAGAAGGAGGCUUUGCCUCCAGUUGAAGUCCCAGCUGUUAACAUAUUCAAUUUCAUGGAUUUACUUUGUGAUUUUCGAUUGGAUGGGAUGUUUACUGAAGGAUGUAUUUUUGAGUCUUACAAUCCUUUUCUCAAUUUUUCAGUAAACCGGCCCUCUGAGCAAGUGAUACUGGAUUAUGACUAUACAUUCACAACACUGUUCGGAGGAAGUGAAACUACUACCUUGGAUGCAGACAAGGGGCUAAGGUGGAGGGUGGGUAAUGGAUGUGAUAUUAAAGUAUUUAUUGACCCUUGGUUUCCUGAUGUGGAGGGGUUCAGAGUGUCCUAUAAGGAUGGGAUGAAUAUGUCUAUGCUGGUUUCUGAGUUAAUUACGGCGGAAGGGGAAUGGGAUAUAACCCGACUUGAACAAGUUGGAACUGUGAAAUAG